UGGAUUCAAAAAAGCUUUCCUACCCCCGCGACUUGCAGCUGAGGGAUGCUCGCCUGCUGCUUAUUAAUUGCCGCUGGUGCCGCGGCGGUGGUGACUUUGGUGGGUGGCUUUGACGCCCAUCUUCGAGGCCCGAGUUUCCUCAUCGAGCCCCAGUCAAGAAUUGAAUUCUCAAACUCAAGUGGUGCCUGGCUCGACUGCGCAGCGUCCGGAAGCCCGCUACCAAACAUCGAUUGGGUUACAGCCGACGGACUUCCCGCCAGUGACGUUCCCGGCGUCCGGAGGGUACUCAGGAAUGGCACCCUCGUUCUACUUCCGUUUCCGGCUGCGGCCUACAGGCAAGAUGUACACAGCACCGCCUAUAGAUGUGUCGCCAGCAACACCGUCGGAAGAGUCUUGACCCGAGACGUUCAGGUCAGGGCUGUUGUCGCCCAGGCCUACAAGGUAGACGUCGAAGUAAUGGGCGGUGCUUCAAGAGGAUGUACAGCUGUUCUACGCUGCGUUAUCCCGAGCUUUGUCAAGGACUUGGUUCGCGUUGUCUCCUGGCUCCAGGAACCCUCCUUCUAUAUCUACCCUUCGCUACAAGGAGAUGGGAAAUUCCACUUACUACCGACUGGUGAACUCUUGGUUCACGGCCUCGAAUUCAGCGAUCAAUUUCUUCGCUACAGAUGCCGGACCAUGCAUCGACUCACACGACAAGUCGUCGUCAGCUCCGUGGCCAACGUCAGGAUGGCGGAUCACAGAGGCGUGGUGCCUCCGGUGAUUUUGGAACAUUCGGGGAUCGUCCACGUGGCGCAGGACGAAUCCGCCUCUUUAGUUUGCGUGGCGCAGGCCUGCCCAUCCCCUGAGUACAGAUGGUUUUCCCAAACCGGAGGAGAACCGAUGCUUGUACUGCCUGGUCCCCGGACCCGGAUUUUGGGUCCAGUUUUGGCGAUCGAAGCGGUGACUGCAGAGGACAGCGGAGUGUACAGAUGUUCAGCAGCGAAUCCCGGAGGCGAGGCGAGCGCGGAACUUAGACUGACGGUGACUGCUCCGCUCCACGUUGAAGUCACUCCUCCACUGCUGAGCGUUCACCUCGGUGGAAACGCCGAGUUUCGGUGCGUCGUUGGCACUCAUCCCCUGGGUGGUCAGCACUUUGUUACGUGGUACAAAGACGGCAGACAACUUCCAGGCACAGGCAGACUAUCCGAAGUGCUUCAACUCAACGGUAUUGGUCGGGAAGACAGAGGGAUGUACCAAUGUGUCGUGAGGAGGUCCGAAGGUGACACCGCUCAGGCCACUGCGGAGCUUCAAUUGGGCGACGCUCCACCGGUGCUGCUGUAUUCAUUUAUCGAGCAGACAUUGCAGCCUGGACCAGCCGUAUCACUGAAAUGUUCGGCAGCAGGAAAUCCGACACCUCAAGUAGCCUGGGCCUUGGAUGGGUUUCCGCUACCAACAAACGGAAGGUCCGUAAUUGGACAGUACGUCACCGUUCACGGAGACGUGAUAUCCCACGUGAACAUAAGUCACGUCAUGGUUGAAGAUGGUGGUGAAUAUUCCUGCACAGCCGAAAACCGAGCCGGCAAAUCAACUCAUGCAGCCCGACUCAACGUAUACGGUCUUCCCUACAUUCGCAUGAUCCCGAAGGUGACCGCGGUCGCUGGUGAAAGUCUUCGGCUCAAGUGUCCCGUCGCCGGAUAUCCGAUCGAGGAAAUCAAGUGGGAACGCGGAGGACGAGAGCUUCCCGAUGAUCUAAGACAGAAGGUGCUUCUCGAUGGGACCCUCAUCGUUUCCACCGUCCAGAAACAGGGCGACUCUGGUGUCUACACCUGCUCGGCCAGGAACAAACAAGGACACAGUGCACGGAGGUCCGGAGAAGUCGCAGUCAUCGUUCCCCCAAAAAUUAGCCCAUUCACCGCCGACCGUGACCUCCAUCUGGGAGAACGAAUGACCCUGACUUGCUCUGUGACGAGAGGCGAUCUGCCGCUAUCAAUCUCCUGGCUCAAAGACGGGCGUUCGAUGGGUCCCUCGGAACGAGUCACCGUGACCAAUGUGAACCAGUUCAAUAGCGUACUGACGAUUGAAAGUUUAUCUCCAGAUCAUAAUGGCAACUACUCCUGCGUGGUCAGGAAUUUGGCCGCCGAAGUGUCGCGCACUCAGCGACUUGUGGUUCAUGUACCCCCUAUAAUUGAGCCAUUUACCUUCCAAGAGGGACUCUCUGAGGGGAUGCGCACGCGGACGGUGUGCGGGGUCGCGGCGGGUGAUCCUCCCCUGACCAUAUCCUGGCUGAAGGACGGCCAAAAUCCCUUCCACCUACCCCCAAAGCUCGCAUCCGCCGCCAAUGUUUCCCAACUCGAUCCCUAUUCCAGUCUCCUAAGUAUCUCGAGUCUUUCGGCCGAGCAUUCCGGCGACUAUACCUGCGUCGCCGCGAACCCCGCCGCCGAGGUCAGGUACACGGCCAAGCUACAGGUAAAAGUUCCUCCUCGAUGGAUAGUCGAGCCGACCGAUAUGAGCGUCGAGCGAAACAAGCAUGUCGCCCUCCACUGUCAGGCCCAGGGCGUCCCGACGCCUACCAUCGUCUGGAAAAAAGCCACGGGAAGUAAAUCCGGAGAGUACGAAGAGCUGCGUGAGAGAAUGUACACGAAACUUUUAACGAACGGUACAUUAUUGCUACAGCAUGUAAAGGAAGACCGAGAGGGUUUUUAUCUCUGUCAAGCGAGCAACGGUAUUGGUACCGGAAUUGGGAAGGUGGUUCAGCUCAAGGUGAACUCCUCUCCGUACUUUGCGGCACCCUCUCGUCUGGUCACGAUAAAGAAGGGCGACACCGCGACGCUGCACUGCGAAGUCCACGGCGAUAAACCGGUCACUGUCACUUGGUUGAAGGGUGGAAAGGUCGAGCUCAAUCCAUCGACGAAUUAUCGCGUCACUGUGAAGCAAGAGAUAACUCCGGAUGGCGUCGUGGCUCAGCUUCAAAUCGCUUCAGCCGAAGCUUCGGACAAUGGAGCUUACUUUUGUCAAGCCAGCAAUCUUUUUGGACGCGAUCAGCAACUGGUUCAGCUUCUGAUUCAAGAACCUCCUCAACCACCCAACGCCAUCGAAACUGCGAUGGUCGCCAGCAGAAGUAUCAAUGUGAAAUGGCAGCACAAGGCUCAGGACACUGGUGAAGUCACGAAGUAUAUACUUCAGUACAAAGAAGGAGAAGGAGGAGUUUGGCAGCAGCAGGAACUGUCCGGACCUCCGUUGCCCUAUGCAGCCCUUAUUGACGAUCUGAAGCCUGCGACUCGCUACUACAUUCGCGUUAUCGCCGAAGGACCUGCGGGGCGAUCUGCCCCGUCCUCAGAUCUGGUAGUGAGAACGGAACCCCAGAGGCCAGCGGGUCCUCCAAUCAACCUGGCCGCCAGGCCCGUAUCUGCCACCGAAAUCCUCGUCACCUGGGGACCACCGAUACCGGAACUCAGGCACGGAGAUAUUCAGAGCUUCAAUAUUGGCUACAGAGAAACCAGCUCGGGUAACCCGGCCUACAACUUCACCCCGGUUUCCGGCGAUGGGGAAGAAGGAGGGGGUGAACUUCAUUUGACUGGAUUGAGGGCAUACACACGUUACACUUUGGUAGCCCAGGCCGUCAACCAAGUUGGCUCAGGUCCGUUGUCAGAGCCACUGACCACCCAGACGCUGGAAGAUGUGCCCAGCAUGCCACCGGAAGACGUUCGCUGCGCUGCCCUCUCAUCCCAGUCGUUACAAGUCUCAUGGCAGCCACCCCCCAGCUCUCACUCGAACGGAAUCGUUCAGGGGUACAAAUUGUACUACGAGCCAGUCAUGGAGGAGACUUGGCGAGGAGUUGACGAAAUGGAGGUUCGAAAAACGAGCGCUUUGACAACGGUUUUGACCAGUUUAAGACGCUACGCAAAUUACAGCAUGCACGUGCUCGCCUACACGAGGAUAGGCGAUGGCGUUGCGUCUCCGAUGACUUAUUGUCACACCGAAGAAGAUGCCCCCGGGAGCCCUGCGGACAUAAAAGUGGUUGUAAGCUCGCCGCAAGCUCUUUUCAUAUCGUGGUUACCGCCCUUGGAGCCAAACGGAGUGAUCACUAAGUACAAUUUAUACACCAGGGUGGUGAACGGUCGUGAGGAACUUAACCAUGGUAAGAAGCCACUCUCCGCAGCGGACACUUUUUUCGAGGCAACGGACCUCGAGCAGCACGUCGAAUACCAGUUUUGGGUGACGGCGAGCACCAGAGUGGGCGAGGGUCAGAGUUCAAGAGUAGCUGCUCAAGUGCCUUCGAACCGAGUGCCGGCCCGCAUCACGUCAUUUGGCGGUCACGUCGUCAAGCCGUGGAGAGGAUCAGCCACUCUGGACUGCAACGCGGUUGGCGACCCUAGACGAGAGUGGCUCAAGGGUGUCGAGCAGAUUUACCCCGGUGCUAAUCACAACAUCCAGAUACUUCAGACCGGCGAAUUGGUCCUGUCAAGCUUACAGACGCAAGAAAGUGGCAACUACACUUGUCAAGUCGAAAAUGCCCAAGGCAGCGAUCGUCUGCAGUACAUACUCACUGUCCAAGUUCCACCCAGCACGCCGGUACUCUACGUGACGAGCUCAACGUCCAGCAGCAUACUGCUUCACUGGAAGCCAGGAAACACAGGUGGAGCCCCACUGACCGGAUACACCCUUCACUAUCGUAGAACUCACGGGAAUCUCGACGAGCUCCAACUUUCCCGUCGAGCCACUAGCUACGAGCUCAAAGGUCUUCUGUGCGGAAACGCGUACCAUCUCUAUCUGACAUCUCACAACAAACUGGGCAGCAGCCCAGCCUCUCCGACUCUUUCGGUUCGGACUCAGGGCCAACCGCCAGGCAUUCCAAGAGCAGACGCUUUUCUGGCACCGAAUUCCACCACUUUAGCUCUUCGUCUUCACGUCUGGCCCGAUAACGGCUGCCCGAUUUCUUACUUCGUUAUUCAGUACAGACCGAUCAGCGAGUUCCAUUGGACGUUGGUCUCUAACAGCGUUAAGAUGCAUCGGAGAUUCGUCAUACCUAAUCUCUCGCCCAGUUCGGUCUACCAGCUGAAGGUCGAGGCCUAUAACGUCGCUGGUAGCAGUCAGGCCGAGUUCACUUUCGUCACUCUCACUAAAGACGGGGAACCACCGCCGCCAGAGCUCUCCAAACGAGGCAUCAUCCCGAUCCCUUUUUAUGCCGAUCUCAAGGUCAUGUUGCCACUGAUCGUCGCUACGGUUGCCCUUCUCGCAGCCGCUGCAACGAUCGCUUUUUGCUGGAGGAACAGAUACUUGGGGGACGGAGUCCAGAGACCCAUGAAGGAGACUCAAGAGAAUCAGCAAAACGCUGAGGCCCAACGAGAACGUUACUACGCAACAAUUCACAAAGUCGCCCUACAACAAGCGGCGAACACGGCAGGAGGACCUGACAAGAUCCCAGAGACAGCGGAGGACAUCUCGCCGUACGCUACGUUCCAGCUGUCGGAAGGUGGCGGGGCAAACCUGGGCGGCCUGGGCGGUGCCGCCGAAGCAUCAGCGGCCGGACUUCACCCCAACAACACCCUACUUCACAGCUUCAUGUACCACGAGCACGCGAUGACAGAGGGAUGCGCCAGUCCUCCGCCUGCAGCGUAUCAGUACUUGAAGAGUAUGAAGAGUGUAUCGUCGAGGAGACGCCAACAGAGGAAGCAGCAAGCACCGGGCGAUGUGGAGAGCGACGAAAGCGAGUCUGACCCAGACCAGCUGACCAGCUCAAGAACCGAGUCGUCGAAUCAGCUGGAUGCCGGAAAGCUCAAGCACAUUCGGGCUGUUUCAGACUUCAUCUACCACGGAACGUCGAGCACCUCGUCGGAUAUUUCACCAAUGUCCGAACAGAAGUCGCUUCCUCGAAGAGGAAGAUCUAGGUGGCACGUCCCCAGCAGAAGUUCGCUUCGCACCUUGUUACCGCCGAUGUCGAUCGCCGAGACGGCCUUCACCGGUGGUCAUACACCAAACGAACGUAGUGAACGUCCAGAAUUAAGUGAAGCCGAAUGCGACAUUGAUUCUUUGAAAAAACUCAAGCUCGGCCUCCGAAGCUCGUUGUGGUCCAGACCCGGCGCACAAAACAAUCCUUCGUCUGAUUACUCUAUUGCAGUUUAAAGUAUCGACAUAUCAACCAUUUCCGAUAUUUAUCUAUAUAACAACUUGGUAAUCGCAUACCGUCGCUAUUUCAAACUCAUUUCGAACUCACCGAAUAAUGGCACGUUUCAAAUCCGUGCGGAUAUACUCUGUGAGCUCA